UAAUACCACACAGUUAAGACUUGGGCCUUCUCUUCGCUUCCUCUUCUUCUCUGCCUGGCGUCAGAAUUGUUGUCUGCAACCGCAAUCAACCGGACAAGUGGGAAAGUGACGAAAGGGGGAAAGGUCACCAGCGAAGAAAAGAAAUGGGUUUGCUUUGCUUUGUCGUUGAGGCGUCGGCAUUGCCAAAAAAGUAAAACCCCAAAUUCCAUCAACAACUCUCCUCCCCUGUUCAUUCAUUCCUUCGUUCGCUGUUCUCUGCCAACUGUUGGAAUAGUUGACCUAACCCCUCCACAAGGCAUCCCUCCUCCGCCCUCCUCCACCGCUCACCCACCCUACCUACCCCACCUCCACCUCGGAGAGAUUCUUGCCUUUUUUAUUGCCUCGUGUUUCCGAUGGCUUCGGCACCGGAUUCCUCACAGAUUCGAGCCCACUCACGGCGGGCGGGCAACAUGAUUCACCCUGUUUCGCUGGAGUCUCCGUCCCCGGCGCCGGCCUCGUCCGCCGCCGCCGGCAGUCCCGACAACGUUGCUUACAGGGAAGUCAAGCAUUUCAAGAAAUGGUUCCCUUGGUUGAUUCCUUUCUUUGUGGUUGCGAAUAUUGUGAUGUUCAUCAUCACCAUGUACGUGAAUAACUGCCCCAAGAAUUCUGUUUCUUGCGUUGCUGGAUUUCUGGGGAGGUUUUCCUUUCAGCCAUUUAAGGAAAACCCUCUUCUUGGGCCUUCAUCUUCAGCGUUGGAGAAGAUGGGUGCUUUAGAUGUGAACAAAGUUGUCCAUCAUCAUCAAGGCUGGCGCCUCAUAACCUGCAUGUGGUUGCACGGUGGAGUUUUUCACGUGCUCGCCAACAUGUUAAGUUUGUUGGUUAUCGGCCUUCGGCUAGAACAGGAGUUCGGAUUCGUGCGGAUUGGUUUGCUCUAUCUGAUAUCGGGUUUUGGCGGGAGUUUGUUUUCUGCUCUUUUUCUUAAAACAAACAUAUCUGUCGGCGCUUCCGGUGCCCUUUUUGGACUAUUGGGAGGAAUGCUGUCGGAGCUUAUAACUAAUUGGACAAUAUAUGCUAACAAGGUGGCAGCUUUGUUGACACUCGUGAUAAUCAUCGUUAUCAACUUAGCCGUGGGAAUCCUUCCGCACGUGGACAACUUCGCACACAUAGGGGGGUUCUUGUCAGGAUUUCUUCUCGGUUUCGUAUUCCUGAUACGUCCACAGUUUGGUUGGGUUAACCAGAGAUACACCCCGAUCGGUUAUUCAGCAUCGUCCUCAAGCCCCAAAUUCAAGCCAUACCAAUGCGUGCUUUGGGUCCUCUCCUUAAUCCUUCUCAUUAUCGGGUUUACCGUCGGAUUGGUUAUGCUGCUCCGAGGAGUGGAUUUGAACGAUCACUGCUCGUGGUGCCAUUACCUCAGCUGCGUCCCGACUUCGAGAUGGAGUUGCAACACGCAGCCCGUCUCGUGCCAGGCCGAGCACACCGGGAACCAGUACACGUUGACGUGCUCGAACGGCGGUAAGAGCAGAUCGUACUUGCUCAUGAAUCCAUCGGAUACACAGAUUCAGGGACUCUGUGCCCAGCUUUGUACAUAGCCUCCAUUUUCAGGGAUGAUCCAUGAUUUCAGUAUAUGUUCGAUUUGUUAAAUUCAUUGCGUAGAUGAAGACAAUAUGUAGUUGUGGGAGUUGUUGGCUUGCCCACAUAGUUCAAUUCUCUGUAGUAUAUUCAUCGGAACUUGCUUUUAUGUAAUGAAUGUUCUUUUUAUUUUGAA